AACAAGCAACCGUGAUAGGCUGUGCAUUUGAACUUUGGAAUAGACGUAUUAGUUUUGCAUCCGUGUACGUGAACUUGGUAUAGCCGUCCAUUUUCUGUAACAGAAGAGGAGUGAUCAAAAUGGCUUUUCGAAUUUGUGUCAUCUUGCUUUUGGCUUAUUUUUCGGCCAGUUUUAUUCACGAAGCCGAUGCUGGAUUGUUUGAUUGUCCAAAUGUGUACUACAAUGGCUAUUUGAUACAGAAUGGUUUUGACUGUCCUCGAAGCUUCGAUGCUUCUGACGACGAUUACUGCUGUGACUCAGGAAAAACUUACCAGAAAUGCUGCACGUAUUAUGAAUAUUACGGAUAUGAUGAAUAUUUCAGUCUAAGCGUGGGUGCUAUUAUUGGCAUAGCCAUUGGAUCCUUGGUCUUCAUUGUGGUCGUAAUUGUUAGCAUCAUCGCGUGCUGUGUGUGCUGCGUUAAGGCUACGGCUACGCCUACCCAUCAUCCGGUCACCAUGCACACUGUCAAUGUGGCUCCUCAGCAGCCAGGAUCAGUGACCGUUCCGCAGCCAGCAGCACCUGGCUACUACUACCCUCCAUCCACCCAGUCUGUACCGCUGCCUAACUACGUAAACCAGCAAGCACAACAGCCGGCCCAACAGCCACCCCUUCCUGGCGAGAACCCCGCCUACCAAAAAUACUAGUCAUUGAGCUACGUGGCGUAACGGCCACCGAUCUCUGUGCGUGCAGACCAGUAAAUAGACCUCAGUGAUAAUAAAACGCACUUACAAAAAUUAUCAAAAACACUGCCAACUCUUCAA